AUGGCCAUUGCCAAUGUCCUGGAUAGAAGGCAAUGCAUUGAGCUCAUCGAUUCGUGCGGCACUUCCACGCUCGCCAAACACAUCCACACUCGAAUCCCCGCCCACAUUCUCCGCUGGGACGCAUUCGUCUCCAACAGGCUCCUCAAGCUCCAUGGCAAGCACGGGAAUCUCCCACAGGCAGAGGAGGUGUUUAACACCCUCGACGACGAUGCCAGGGACUCCUUCUCCUGGGAUUUCAUGCUCACGGCGUACACUCAAAACCGGCAAUUGGACAGCGCCAGGGGCAUCUUCGAUCGAAUGCCCGCGAGGAAUCUGUUCUCUUGGACCCAGAUCAUCGUUGCAUUCGCCCAACAGGGGUUUCUCACAGACGCGCAAGCGCUGUUCGAGGAAAUGCCAGCACGGGACACGAUUUCGUGGACUUCACUGGUUGCGGCAUUUGCCCAAACAGGGCAUGUUUUUGCAGCAAAACUCGUGUUUGAUUCCAUGCCAGAGCACGACGUUGUCUCGUCAACCGCGAUGCUUGGUGCCUACGCACAAGAGGGAAAUGUUUUUGAUUCCAGGAAUCUCUUUGAGCGCAUGGAGCAAAGGAAUCUUAUGACGUGGAACACCUUGCUAACGGCAUAUACCCAAUCAGGGUAUCUCGAGAGAGCCAUUCAGGUCUUCAAAAGCAUGCCAGAACACAAUGUGGUAUCUUCUACUGAGAUACUCAAUGCGUAUGCAGACGCUGGAAAGCUUGAGUCCGCAAAGCGAUUGUUUGAUUCCAUGCCGGAGCAAGAUCUCGUCUCAACAACAGCUAUGGUCACGGCAUUUGCCGUAAACGGGCAUCUGGAAGGUGCCGAAAGAAUCUUUCUCGGGAGAAUGCCAUUCCACGACAUGGUGUCUUCGACGGCAAUUCUCUCUCUUUACGCUCAAACGGGUCAUGUUGCCAAGGCAUGGCUAGUUUAUCAGAGAAUGCCUUUCUGCAACCUGGCCACCACAACUGCAAUGCUUGCCGCAUAUACCAUGAACGGGCAUCUCGACGAUGCCAAGAGAAUCUUCUUCAGCAUGCCUCAGCGGGACUUAGUCUCGUCAACGGCAUUGCUGACCGCAUAUGCCGAAGCGGGAAAAUAUUCAGAUGCCGAGAGGAUGUUCAACGAAAUGCCGGAAAGAGAUGUUGUAGCCUCGACCGCGAUGCUCUCCACAUAUGCCCAAAGCGGGCAGCUUCAUCUUGCGGAAGCUAUCUUUCAGUCCAUACCAGAAAAGAAUCUCAUAGUCUCUACUGCGAUGCUCGCCGCGUACACGCAAAACAGGCAUCUUGAGCACGCAAAGAAGAUCUUUGACGAAAUGCCAGACCAGAAUCUCGUAUGUAGAAACGCUAUGCUCAAUGCAUAUGCCCAGAACGGGCAUCUGGAGGAGGCCGUGAGAAUGUUCCACGCCAUGCCGGAGCACGACACAUUCUCCUACACGGCGAUGCUGUCGGUGUGCUCCCAGGCAGGAAACAUCAGCCACGCCAAGAAGAUCUUUGACAGGAUGCCGACACAGAAUGUCGCGUCGUGGGGGGCAAUGAUGACACUCUACACGCAGACCGGAUGCUCCGCAAAUGUCUUUGACGCCUUCUACACGAUGAAGACGGUGGAUUCGCCGGACGAGACUUGCUUCGUCCUGGCACUGCUCGCAUGCAAUCACGCCGGGAAGCUCUACCUCGGCAAGUCGUGCUUCGCGUCCAUGAUCGUGGAUUACGGACUGGAACCCACCAAGCAGCACUACUGCUGCGUGGUUGAUCUUCUGGGCCGAGCUGCCCGGCUCAGCGACGCGCAAGAUCUCCUCGCAAACAUGCCUUUUGUGCCGGAUCCAUUCGAAUGGAGGUGCUUCCUUGGAGCGUGUAGAAGCCACAGCAGCCUCCAACACGGUGCCAAAGCCGCCAAAUCGGUUCUGGGCCUCAACUCCAAGGACUCCUCGGCUUAUGUACUUCUUUCCAACCUGUAUGGCAUGACCGCAUAG